AUUGGAGCUACUGGAACUCUCUUGUUUGUGGCUGGAACAGCAGGGGCUUAUUCAGGGGGGCAUCAUGCAACACAGGGGAACUGAGUACAGCAAAGGUAAACAAGGUCUUUAAUCAGUCAGCGGGCGUUUGAAACUAGAGGACAGUCGAGAAAAUGCCAGAUGUGAGUGGAGAGAGCUUGCAGUUUGUAUAGGAGGUUAUAAGUAGAGGAGUGAACUGUGCCGGGAAUACGGAGCAGAGCUCAGCUGUUGCAUGGGUCUCGUCUGACUCCAUUUGUCACGGCUCAUCUUCUAGUUCUUCUCAUCGACUGCCCUCCUCGUUGCAUUUGUCUGAUCCCUCUCUGCAGAGCCAUGCACCCCCAGCGUCCUCUUCCCCAGGCCAUGCCUUCCGCCUCUCUGGGACAGCACCUGCGGGACAUGGCCAUGGGCCUGGGACGAGGCAAGAACUUCCUGGGAGGAAACUUUGCCUACAGUUUUAUCCAGUCGGUUAAGGAGUGCCUCUAUUUCCUUCUCUGCUGCUGGUGCAUCAAAGAGAUCCUGGACUGACAGACUGAGAAAAAAGGGAAUGGGAGUGUUAUAUGGUAAAGCCUUGGCAGGUAUGACUUGUUUUGAAUGACUGUUAUGUAUAAACUACAUGCUUUAAUCUAUAGUGUUUAAAAAUGUAUUAAUAAUAAUAUCAAAAUCAUAAUACCACUAAACCCCUUAACAUUUUUUUGCUUUUUGUUUUUCGGUGUCUCUAUAGGAAGGAAGGUCUUUUGGGGUUCGAGGAAGCUUGCCUGCAGGUUUCAAGAUGAUACAGACUUUAUAUCCAGACUGGGUUAGAGUUUUCUGAAUUGUACCCUGAUGAUCUGAGAUUCCCAGGAUUGUGGCUCACCUGAUGUUCACUGUACAACACAAAGUGGUGUGGCGAUGAAUAAAGGAACUCAUAAACAGAAAAAAUAA